CCGAUUGAGCAAUGCGCCCAUUUGACCAUUUAUAUCGCACUUUAUAUUGUCUUUCUUAUCUCAAAAUGAUCAUGAUUAUCACAGUUUAAAAAUACCAAGAACAUUUUCCCUUUAUCGUCUGUGUAAAUUUUCUUCGUCCACCGUUCGCAUAUUUAGGCGUUUCCCGUCAUCGACCGGAAGUAGAUUCCCCGGAAUCUGACGUUCAAAAUAACCCAAAAUGGCCGCCAUUGAGAAUAACUCCGAGGUUGAAUAUCCUAGAACUUGUACCCGGCAAACGGGAUAAAAAAUCAAAGCUUUAUUUCAUUCAAGCGAAGUAGUAAAUAUUUAGUGGUAGCUAGAUUAUUCCAAACAGUUGCAUGCCAGUGGUAAAGUGUAAAGAAAAAAUGCCCGAAUCGCAGAUUUUCGGUUAUAAAUUUUCAAUUCUCCCAACUAUACAUAGCUUAGUAAGACUACCUCAGUGUAGGUUCGUAGCAAACUGGCAAGGUCUUUUGAACCCAAAGCAUUUUGGACGAUCUUUGAUUGGAAAGGCCAAACUCAGUUACUGAUUUAAAAGUUGACAUAGGUUUGACUGUAUAAAACAGUGCAUUAUUAGACGACCUAAGGAAAAUGUGUCGAAAUUGUACAUUGCCACAAUGGAGCGAACCGAUAGAAGUGGAAGUAUCAUCACUGCCUGUGUAUUUCGCCAAAGAACAAAGUUGGAAUUUUGAGAGAUUAAAUUUUGGCAAUGGCACUGUGAUAGACACUCCAGAUGGUAAAUCUGCUCGACCUUCCAUAACUGGUCGUGCUGGUUCUCGUCUUCGUGAUGGUUUUUCAUUAAAACCUCAUCCACGCUUUCCAGGAGGGAGAUAUCUUCUUGUAAGCGAGGUCCUUUAUUGUCCUGGCCGACGGUAUGGCUGUACACCACGGGAGAAUUGUACAGGGAAGCGUCGUUUUUGCCAUGCACUGUGUAAGCUUUCUAUAUUCGCGGAUAAGCCAAAUGUCGCAUUCGUUUAUUAUGCUGGCUCUCAUGGCACUGGAGACGUAUCUUCCCCUGAUAAACACCGUCCAAAUAAACAAAUGUUGGAUGAGCUUCGAAGACUCAGGGUAGAGCAGUCACUCACACCAUCGCAAGGUAUGGAGUGGUGCAAGGUGUAUUUUGCUGAACAUGGCUUGGAUGAAAAGCAAAUGCCAACAAAACAACAGAUAAAAAGUGCAAUGAAGAGAGCAUCUCUAAAGUAUUCGAGAAUGCGAGAAACUGCAGGAAUGAAGACUUCUCAGGCACCUAAUACUCCACCAAGUGGAUCUGCUUCUCAAGAGGCUGGUACCAAUAUUGCUGCAUCCUUACUUGCAAAGUACACUCAAUUGCCGUAUUCAGAAAGUGGUGAUAUAACUACAGAUGCCAACUCAACUUAUAUUAGUGUUUCUCAGGAUGGUUCAACUAUUAAUGUAUCAUCUGCUAAUUACAGCCCAGGUGAAACCCCAGUUUCAUUGGGAACUCUGUCAAGAGUGGCAGGAACAUCUCUGUUGAAUGCUCCAGUAUCCAUUUCACAAUCUUCAUCCACGACAGAACAAUCUGUAGGACAGAAUUUAGCUGAUAGUAACCUGAGCAAAGUUCUCGGAAUACUAGCAAGUCCUCGAUCCUUGGAGGGGGAUAAGGAUUCAGAUAAGCUCAAAGAACAUGUCCGUAUUUUACAAGACGAAAAUUUUACGAGAAUUGCGCAGAUUGCAGAUUUACAAGUGGAAGUGAAUAAUUUGAAGGCUCAGGUAUUGGAGCUGAAAGAAGACAAUCUGAAGAAGGCCAUACAUAUUGCUCAACUAGAAAGAGAACGACGAUCUGGACAGAUUGCGCCAAAUGAAGAGGAAAUUGAAAACGUUCAGCAAAAUUUGGCGAAUGAAGAUGAAGAAGGACUUGUGGAAGACAGUGAACAGACGGUGGUUAUUGAAGAGUCUCAGGAAUCAGCAAUGGAUGUUAUAGAAAGUGAAGAAACUGAUGACAAUACAGUUUAUCAACAAGAAGUGUGUGAAACACCAAUAACAGUGAAUGUUGAAACUGGUACAGCUCUUACAGAAGCUCAUGAAGCAAGUCAAAGUAUUCAAGUACAGUCUUCUGAUGUUGUUGCUGUAAAUGCUCAUGCUAUUAUUGUUACGCAAGCUGUUGAGGACCACUUGUAAAAUACUUCAUUUUUUUUCCUCCAUUGUUUGUUAUAUAGUUAAGCCUUCGUUACUAUAUUCGUAUGUUUUCGUAUAAGACGUUUAUUAAACUGGAAAAAUCACAAAUGAGUUUGACUUGUGUAUCAGAAAUGCCUUCCUCUCUCAUCAGCCCGUCAGUCAAAUUGACUCAUGACUCUGCGUACGAGAUUGCUCUCUGCCAAGAAUUUUUUUCAAUGAAAGUGGCGCUAAAUAACUAUGCUCUAUACGUAAAAAAAACCGCGCAUUUUUUAAUGGCAUAAAGAGUGUCAUAUUUCCUCGUCAAGUAUUUCCAAACACCUCCUAAAACCGGGUACUCGGAACUGACAAAUCUAAGCAAAUAUAUUGCUUGUAUUUAUAAGGGUCU